GGAAGAUGUACGCGUUGUUGCCUUGUCCCGGAUAGAAGGUCUUGCCCUUGUACUUGAACGGCGGGAAUGGGCUGCCACUGGCGUACACGCAUUUGCCCUGCGAGAGGACGACAGGACCUUGUGGGGCUCCCAUGCCUACGGACUGCGGCGACCAGAGCAGCGGCCAGUCGGUACGGCGGCCGAGGCUGCGGGCGCUGCGCGAUCGGCUGCUCUCGUGCAAGCCCGUGCAGCGGUUUCUCGACUGGUACGGACAGUUUUGGGGCGACGAGGACGAAGAGGAGCGGCGGCUGCACGAGGCGGACGCCGACGACGGAUUCGUCAACUGGUUCUGCCUGCCUUUCUUCGUGACGCGCAGGCCGCGUUGCGCCGUCGCCAAGAACGUGGAGGCCGCCUUGGGCGGAGCCGACGCCGCGCAGCGCUCCUUCGACGUCGACAAAUAAAACGCGUCGCUGC